AUGAGGGCUGCAGAUAGCUCUGAGACUGCUCCAAAGAGGCAGUGGGAAGAAGGAAGGGACCAUCUAGAAGCUGCAGGUCAUGUGUGUAUUCUGAAAGAUGCCUUUGACUUUGAAAAUCCAUCUGAAAUCUCAAACUUCAUCAAGGCAGAGAACCUGGAGGCGGCAGUGGCUCUGCAUCUGUACAGAGGAGGCAGACUUUUGCGAGGUAAUGGAAUUCCUUUUGGAAUCAUCUUUGGUGGAACUGAUUUAAAUGAAGAUGUUAACCAGGGAGAUAAAAACAAAGUGAUGGGAAAAGUCCUUGAAGAAGCCAGAUUUGCUGUCGCUUUCACAGAGUCGAUGAAGGAAAUGGCACAAAGACAGUGGCCGCAUGCUAAGGAUAAGAUCUAUGUCCAGAGUCAAGGAAUUGCAACAGUGCCAAACACCGCCUUUAACUGGAAUACUUUUCUUCAGUCUUCAGAGAUUAACCAAAGUGCUGACAAUCUACACAUGUUUCUCCUGAUCUGUGGACUCAGACAAGUGAAAGACCCUCUCUAUUUGGUGGAUGCAUUCUCCGAAUGGCAUCAAGAAGAGCCCAACGUUUACAUGGUUAUUGUUGGUCCUGAAGUUGAUCCAGUCUUCACAAGGGAAGUAAAAGCCAAAGUAAAAAGGACCCCUGGGGUACGGCUGAUCAGGGAGAUGGCUCAGGAGGAUCUCCAUGCGGUCAUGAAGAAUUGCUUCGCGGUGGUGAAUAGCUCUGUCUCUGAAGGCAUGUCAGCCGCAAUCCUGGAGGCAAUGGAUUUGGAAGUCCCGGUGUUGGCGAGGAACAUCCCCGGAAACUCUGCGGUGGUGAAGCAUGAAGUUACAGGAUUGCUGUUUUCAGACCCUCAGGAGUUUGUUCAUCUGGCAAAGAGACUGGUGAGCGAUCCGGCAUUAGAAAAAAAAAUCGUGGCCAACGGAAGGGAGUACGUGAGAAAGUAUCAUUCAUGGCAGGAGGAGAGACAGACCUACAGGCAGCUGGUCAGGACACUGGAGAGAAACACUGGGGACUAAGAGUACCUGUCUGAUGCUGUGAGAUGCUCAGCCGUGGGCGGAUACCCUUGCACAGAGCUCUGGGUGGGGGGCCUGGCCAGUACAAACCAAGCCUGGUUCACUGGAAUCGUAGAUCUAUCAGUCAUAAGACAAUUCAUCCAAAACCUUUCUGCUUCCAAGUAACAUCCCAGAUGUGCUUCUGGAUCAUACCUCAUGGAGAUGCAGUCCUCACUGGGGUGGGGGCAGGGCCACUGGUUUUCAGGGGAGUCAGGGAGAGAGUUGGAGUAGCUGCUUUAGGACUUUCCUAGGGACAAUAAGGACUUAUUUUGUAAGCCCUCACAGGGUAGACAUCGCUCUCCUGUCUUCUGAUGACCUGUAGCCCAUCCCUGCCUGCUCAAGGAGCAAAAGCAAACAUCUGACACGUCGGCUGAGAGGCUCCUGGCAGCAAUUUUUGACAUGGUACAGACCCUGUAGCCAAUCUGGGGCUGACAGAUGUCUGGCUGCGCCCCCAGGCCCUGCAGGUUUGCUUCCCUGAACACCGGAAGCAGGGCUGUGUGUAAUCAGUCGUGUAACUGUAAGAUAGCCCGGACCUCUCUAGAUAAGCAGGCAGCACCACCCCCACUCCCCCACCCUCUAGGCUCCACCUACCUCUGGUCAAAUUGGGGUGGAAAAUCAGUUGGCCCUAAGGCCGCAUCACCCAUGGCCUGCAAGAUGCUGGGACUGACUCUGGGUUCAGCAUCAUGCAGUCAGCCUCAGAGACCCAGCAGUGAGUGGAGAUGAAGUCACCAGCCUCCAGCCCAUCUCAGGACCGGCAUGUGGGUCCCAGUGACCUCAUCCAGCACGGGGCGAGUUUAACCAAGUGUCGCCAUCACUGACCACACCAGGGGCACCCCCAAACCCAGUGCUUCUUUUCCUCAGUGGCGGCAUUUGCCUCUGUUGGAUCCUGAAACCCCCUUUUUCCAGUGGACAUUCCGUGAUGACUGGGGGUGACACGCUCCGUUUCUUGUGUAAAGUUGGAAGCCACAGGAUCCAAAGGAGGAGAGGAAGCCAGAUCUGAGUCCAUCCAAGAAAGUGUUUCCUUAGGGCUUGUUCUGAUGCCUGCAGACCCUGGAGGGGGCAGGAAGACCCAUGCCAUCUUUGCUUCAAACUUCGAACAUCUUGGGCUUUUUUCUUUCCAACCAUCCUGUUUAAUAAACAGCCAAACCUAAAAGAGGAAGGCUCUGACUGAACACCUUAAACUCUGGUGCUGAUGACAUGGAGAUGAGAACAGCAUAUUUAUAGAUUCUGUCCCAUGUCAUUUCCAGUUUAAUUAUAUGCCUCAAUCUCACAACAGAGUACCUUCCCAAAGGCAGUUAUCUGGUAAACCUGCUCCUCAUGCCCAGGAUUCUCUAAAAAUACCCAUCACCAUCCUCCUCCUUUUUUUUUUUGGUGGCAUCUGAGGGUCACAAGAGUUGGGGCUCCCCUAUGGCCAUAGAGAAGAGAGGAAGGGAGAAACAGAGUCCAAACCCCUAGUGGACAGAUCCUUCUGAAUCUGGAAUCAGUGAUGUUAACCUAAGAAAAGGCCAAGUGUUGUCGUGGGCACUGACCAGGGAUGCUGCUGUUGAUAAAAUACUGGUCACUGGGAGUCUCUGCUCUCAUCCUGGUUGAAUGAUAUUGUAUGUGCUUGGCUCUACUGAACCUCAGCGUUGUUGUCCAUCCACCUCUUUAUAGAAACAUACACACAUGCCUCAUGCCCUUUGGAGAAGGGCAUGUUUUUAAAUGAAUAAAGUGUCACCAUCCGCUGUCCAGCAAGA